AUGGGUUUUCUUUUUGACACGCCAAAAAAUGGUAGUGGUGUUGGAGGUUUAAGGAGUCUUGUGAGGAGAAAACGGGUGGAUUCUGCUCAUUCUAAGUCAUCAUCUGUCUCAGGGACUGGUCACAAUCAAUUGGCCAAGGCUUUAACUGUGCCUCAUCUAAUUGCCAUAGGGGUUGGUUCAACGAUUGGUGCUGGAGUUUAUAUUCUUGUUGGCACAGUUGCAAGGGAGCACUCAGGACCAGCCCUUACCUUUUCCUUUCUAAUAGCUGGUAUAGCAGCUGCUCUUUCUGCUUUCUGCUAUGCUGAGCUAGCGAGUCGUUGCCCAUCAGCUGGGAGUGCCUAUCAUUAUUCUUACAUUUGCGUUGGAGAAGGUGUUGCUUGGUUGAUUGGUUGGGCGUUAAUAUUGGAAUACACUAUUGGAGGGUCUGCAGUUGCUCGUGGCAUAUCUCCAAAUUUGGCCUUACUUUUUGGAGGUCCAGAUAGUCUCCCUUCUUUUCUAGCUCGUCAGACCAUCCCAGGGCUUGAUAUUGUGGUGGACCCAUGUGCAGCUAUCUUGGUGUUUGUAGUCACCGGGCUUUUGUGUGGGGGAAUCAAGGAGAGUGCAUUUGUUCAAGGAAUUGUGACAGCAGCAAAUACUUGUGCCAUGAUCUUUGUCAUCAUAGCUGGUGGAUAUUUGGGUUUCAAGACUGGAUGGCCCGGCUAUGAACUUUCUGUUGGAUAUUUUCCAUUCGGGGCUGAUGGCAUGCUUGCUGGGGCAUCGACUGUUUUCUUUGCAUUCAUUGGGUUUGAUUCGGUUGCUAGUACUGCAGAAGAGGUAAAAAAUCCCCAACGAGAUUUGCCAAUGGGUAUUGGUAUUGCACUGUCUAUAUGUUGCACGUUGUAUAUGUUGGUCUCUGCCGUAAUUGUUGGUUUGGUGCCAUAUUAUGCGAUGGAUCCUGACACUCCCAUCUCAUCUGCAUUUGCUAGCCACGGAAUGAAAUGGGCUGCGUACAUAAUAACUGUUGGAGCUUCUACGGCCCUUUGCUCAACAUUGAUGGGUUCUAUCCUACCACAGCCUCGAAUACUUAUGGCAAUGGCUAGAGAUGGAUUGCUGCCAUCGUUUUUUUCCGAUGUCAAUAAACGAACACAAGUUCCUGUGAAGAGCACUGUAGUUACUGGUUUACUGGCUGGAAUCUUGGCAUUCGUCAUGGAUGUUGAGCAGUUGGCAGGCAUGGUUAGUGUUGGUACACUAGUUGCCUUUACAAUGGUUGCAAUUUCUGUGCUGAUACUGAGAUAUGUUCCGCCAGAUGAGGUUCCACUUCCACCUUCUUUCCAGGAUGCAAUAGAUUCAGUUUCUGUGCGGUAUAGUAGCAGUAGUUCUAAAGAAGUCGAUGUGGAAAACUCAAAAGCCGAUGCUAUAAUCUCAAGUGACAGCAUUCCACUUUUAGUUGGCAAGAAAACACCUGUUGGAUAUCCUCUUAUAGAGAAAGCAGCUGCCCGGUACAAUUUGAAUGAAGCCAAUAGGCGGAAGAUUGCUGGCUGGACAAUCAUGCUUACAUGCAUCGGAGUGCUUGUACUAACCUCUGCAGCUUCAAGCGUGAGCCUUUAUAGCUCCCUUCGAUUUACACUUUGUGGAAUCGGUGGCAUUCUCCUUUUAUCUGGUCUAGUAUUGCUCACCUGGAUCGACCAAGAUGAUGCAAGGCAUAACUUUGGGCACUCGGGAGGUUUCAUUUGCCCAUGUGUUCCACUGCUACCGAUCGCCUGCAUUCUCAUCAAUGUCUACUUAUUGAUUAAUCUCGGAGGCUCUACUUGGACCCGUGUAUCAAUAUGGUUAGCCAUAGGAGCAAUAGUUUAUCUUUUCUAUGGCCGGAAGCACAGCUCACUGCGAGAUGCAGUCUAUGUUCCUGUAGCCCACGUUGACGAAAUCUACCAAAGCUCAAGAAAUACUCUGUCGUAA